ACUCAACGAAACGCCCCUUUACUCAACGAAACGCCCCUUCACACUACACGACACUCUGAUUGGCUCUCAAGAGACUGCGUCUGAAACGUGAUGAAGUUUACGUUGACCUAGUAUGAAGAGAGAACCCGAAAAAGUAACACGGGAAAAACACGGGAAAAUUACGGAGGAAAAGAGCAACACUACGUUCAGUGAAGGAGCAGACCCUGAGCUGAGUAGAUGCGACUCGGACACUGAUCUGCACAAAAAAGGGGAGCUAUGCAAAGCUUGUGGCUCAUCUGCAGGGACACCAAAGGUCAAUGGUGGAGUACGGUGGAAAGGGCCCAACAAGCCCAACAGAAGCGACGCGAGGCAUGUUGUCGGUUAACCAGUGUAAUCACAGAGGAUCAGGGCAUGCUGCAACACCUUAAAAACAUCAUCACAGGCAACACGGUGUCUCCUUGGGCCAAGAAACAGGACAGGGUCAUCCUUCUUUUUGAAGAUGAUGAACAAGUGGACAAAGUCAUGCACUUCUUGUCUGAAGUACUCAAACGUACUGAGACAGACAAGAAGUCUGCAGAUCCAGUGGCAUUCGUAAUGGAUGUACUUUUGCCAGAGGCAACAGUAUACGCCCUCGGAGCUGUUCACUCCAUCUCCCUGGACAAAGCCAAGGAGAUGUACAUGCGUGGCACAGAGUUUGACUCAAGCGAGAUAACCCAGCUUGGGGAACAGCUUCAGAGCCACAUUUCCUCAAAAGCGAGGCAGAACCUGGAUAUCUUCCUGAGCAAUUACAAGAAAGCCUUGGAGUGUGAGGAAUUCCUCAGACGCCUGUAAUCCCUGGGUAGUGAAUGUGUCUGCUGGAUAGUCUGUUGUGUAUAAAAUAAAGAAAAUAUAUCAUU